AUGGAGGCACCGGACUGCCACUACCAGUUCCGGAUCGCGCUGCUGGGGGACGCGGCCGUGGGCAAGACGUCGCUGCUGCGGCGCUACGUGGCGGGAGCGCCCGGGGCCCCGGAGCCCAAACCCGAGCCCGAGCCCGAGUGGGCGCCCACGGUGGGCGUCGAGUUCUACAGCCGCAAGCUGCAGCUGCCGGCCGGGCCGCGCGUCAAGCUGCAGCUUUGGGACACCGCGGGCCACGAACGCUACAGGUGCAUCACCAGGUCCUUUUACCGGAAUGUGGUAGGUGUCCUACUGGUCUUUGAUGUGACAAACAGGAAGUCCUUUGAACAUAUCUGCGACUGGCACCAGGAGGCCAUGGCCACUCAGGGCCCAAACAAGGUGAUCUUCUUACUGGUUGGCCACAAGAGUGAUCUGCAGAGCACUCGUGUUGUCUCAGCCCAGGAGGCAGAGGAGCUGGCUGCCUCCCUGGGUAUGGCCUUCAUGGAGACCUCUGCCAAAAAGAACUGCAAUGUGGACCUGGCCUUCAACACCCUUGCUGACGCCAUCCAGCAGGCUCUGGAGCAGGGGGACAUCAAGCUGGAGGAGGACUGGGGGGGUGUCCGGCUCAUCCACAAGGCCCAAGUCCCCAGGUCCCCCCACAGGAAGCAGCCCCCAGGCCCAUGUCAGUGUUGACUCUGGGAGGGAAAGGGUUAAACCUCUGUCAACCUCAGAAGUGCUGCUGGAAUGGGGAGUGGCAGGAUCUUUCUGGAGAUCAAAUGGCAGGAUGUAUCCAAAGGGUUAACAUAAACAGUAUCUUAGCAGUCACUCUUGGGGUCUCAGGGACUUUCUUCCAGAAAGAUUUUCUU